CGAAAGGGGGGGAAUUCAUCCAGGACGACAGCUACGACUUUACGGCCGACAAAACUGACGAAACACACAUUUCUAUUACUACCUCUCCCGCUCCUCCAGCUCCACAGUUCUUCCACCAUGAGGUACUCAAAAAAGGAUGAAGAUGCUGACCAGGCAAUCUUUAAAGUUGACCGCACCUCUGUCUUCCAAGAAGCUCGGCUCUUCAAUACAUCCCCAAUUUCUCCUCGGCGUUGUCGCAUUCUCUUAACAAAGAUUACAUAUCUCCUACAUACCGGAGAGCGCUUCCCUACAUCUGAAGCUACAUCCCUCUUUUUUGGCAUUACGAAGCUCUUCCAACACCGCGAUGCAGCGCUCCGACAGAUGGUUUAUCUGGUUAUCAAGGAGCUUGCAGAUACAGCAGAAGAUGUUAUCAUGGUUACAUCUUCGGUCAUGAAGGAUGGGUGCGGGAGAGCAGGAGCAUUGUGUAGGAUUAUCGACGGCACAACUGUCCAAGCCAUUGAACGACUCCUAAAAACUGCCAUUGUGGAUAAGACGCCUUCUGUAUCAUCCGCGGCACUUGUAUCGUCCUAUCACCUACUCCCAACUGCACGCGAUGUUGUCCGAAGGUGGGCAAACGAAACUCAAGAAGCUGUUCUUUCAGGAUCUGGAAUGACCCAAUACCAUGCGAUAGGUCUCUUGUACCAAAUGCGUGCUCACGACCGAAUGGCUUUGGUCAAAAUGGUACAGCAAUUUUCUUCGGGCAAUGUUAAGAACCCUGCUGCGGUUAUUAUGUUGGUGCGGCUGGCCGCCAAGCUUGCUGAUGAAGACCCUGGGCUACGGCAACCAAUGCAUACAUUGCUAGAUGGCUGGCUAAGGCAUAAGGCCGAAAUGGUCAAUUUUGAGGCAGCAAAGGCUAUUUGUGAACUAAGGGACGUGACAGAUGCUGAAGUUGCACCGGCUAUACACGCCUUGCAACUUUACUUGACCUCACGUAGUGCGGUUGCUAAAUUUAAUGCCAUUGUGAUUUUGCAUAACUUGGCAUAUCUCAGGCCCGCAGCAGUUAACGUUUGCAACAUUGACAUAGAAACAUUAAUAUUCAAUAUUAACCGUUUGAUUGCAACGUUUGUUAUCACUACUCUGCUCAAGACAGCGAAGGAAGGCUCCAUGGACAGGUUGAUGGGGAAGACUAGUGCCAUCAUGGCUGAUAUCACAGACGAGUUCAAAAUCACAAUUGUAGAAGCUAUCCGUACUUUAUGUUUAAAGUUCCCGAGCAAACAGGCUGGCAUGCUAAGCUUCCUUAGCGGUAUCUUGAGGGAUGAGGGCGGUUACGAAUUCAAGAGAGCCGUGGUAGAAAGCAUGUUUGACUUGAUCAAGUUCGUCCCUGAGAGUAGGGAAGAAGCUCUCGCCCAUCUUUGCGAAUUCAUUGAAGAUUGUGAAUUCACCAAACUUUCUGUUCGCAUUCUUCAUCUCCUUGGCACUGAGGGACCAAAAACAUCCCAGCCUACCAAGUACAUCCGCUACAUAUAUAACCGGGUUGUUCUUGAAAACGCUGUUGUUCGCGCAGCAGCUGUCACAGCCUUGGCCAAAUUUGGCGUCGCAAGCAAAGAAGGGAAAGUCGACACUGAAGUCAAGAAGAGUGUUGUUGUGCUUUUGACACGAUGUCUUGAUGAUCCCGAUGAUGAGGUCAGAGAUAGGGCUGCUCUGAAUCUGAGACUUAUCCAGGAGGAGGAGGGCGAGGUCGCUGAGAAAUUCAUCAAGAACGAGUCAACCUUUUCCCUGCCAAUUUUCGAGCAUCAGUUGGUUAUGUAUGUCACAGGUGAUCAGUCAACAUUCGGCACGCCGUUUGAUAUUUCCAGUAUCCCAAUUGUUACUCGUGCGGAGGCAGACGCAGAGGAUCGGCCUUCGGCUGCUCCGUCGGCAUCAGAAGCGGCCACAUCUGCCGCCGCUGCUGCUCAACAACACGCCCAGCAGUUGGCUACUGUUCCUGAAUUGAAACCUUACGGACCACUCCUAAAGUCUAGCCGCGAAGUGGAGUUGACAGAGGCAGAGACCGAAUAUGUGGUUACUGCGAUCAAACACAUUUUUAAAGACCACCUUGUACUCCAAUUCAACGUCAAGAAUACCCUCAUGGAUAUCAUCCUGGAGGAUGUGUCAAUGGUUGCUACCCCCGCGGAUCCUGAGGACGAGGAGCAAGCGCUUGGCUUGGAGGAAGACUUCAUCAUUCCUGUGCCCAAGUUGGCAACUGAGGAAGUCGGAACAAUCUACGUCUCUUUCAAGCGAACCGGCGAUGAGUCCAAUUACGCUAUUACAACCUUCGCCAAUGUCCUCAAAUUCACACUCAAAGAAAUCGAUCCUAGCACUGGUGAACCAGAAGAUCAAGGCUUUGAGGAUGAAUACCAAGUGGAGGACUUGGAGCUUACCGGUGGCGAUUAUGUUGUUCCAUCAUUUGUAGGAAGCUUUGGGAACGUUUGGGAGCAAGUUGGCGCUGCAGGCUGUGAGGUCACAGAAACCUUCUCUCUCGGAACUGGCGUCAAGAGCAUUCAAGAGGCUUGUGAAGCACUUUCCCAAUCGCUUUCGCUCCAGCCAUUAGAGGGCUCAGAUGUAGUUGCGAAUACGGCUACACAUAACCUCAAGCUAUUCGGCAAGACUAUCUCCGGCGGGAGAGUAGUCGCCCAAGUCAAGAUGGCGUACAGCAGCAAAACCGGUGUUGCGUUAAAGAUUACCGCGAGAGCAGAGGAGGAAGGCGUAGCGGAGAUGAUUGUCGGUAGCGUUGCCUGAGGGGUUGCUGAAUGGAAGACAAAAAUGGAAGAAAUAAAAUGGGGUGUGGGGAUGCAGAAAUUUGAUGGUUCCUCAUAUAGUUGUCGUGAUAGCAUCAUCUUGCGUUUCAACGUAUGAUAGAUAAUUCUUUCUGAGUUUUCACCAAGUUUAUAAAAUGGGUUCUCUUAUUUUGCGACGCGGGACUCGUUACUACGUAUUUGUAAAAUAUAGGUUUUGAUUUGAUAGAGACCGGUUCGAUGACAAUUAAUGUGAUGGGUUCACAUAAUAUCACUC